AUGUUCGAACAUCAUAAUGAUCUGAGCGAAGAAUUAGGUGCAAUCGAACAUCAAUUUACAGAAUUCAAAAUUGAAAUCGAUGAACAAAAAGCGGAGUCCCAAAAUCAUGAAUUAAUUAAACAAAUCGAUAAAUGGGAACGUGAAUCGAUCGAAAAGAUUCAACAAGUGGCCAAUGAAGUUCGUAAUGAACUCGCAUCGUGUGUCGUCACAUUUGCCACGGAUCUCCAACUUAAAUUGAAACAAUUGACAGAUCGACUUAUUAAAUGUCGCAAAGAGGAAGAUUUUAUCGAUACGGACAUUUACUUUUUCAACGAAGAACUUAAACAAUUGAAAGAUAUUCUCAACAAUCCAUCAAAUUUUAAUAUCGAAGAAGAUUCAACAUCUUUCAUUAAUAAAAUUUGUCUUAAAAUGAAAACACCAUUUCUACACAAUGCAAAUGGGAAUGCGAAUGUUAAAUGGAUUCAGAAUGGUGUCACUUUGGCGGGUGGAAAUGGACAAGGUAGUGAAAUGAAUCAACUUCACUAUGCACAAGGUUUGUGCGUUGAUGAAGAUCAAACUAUUUAUAUUGCUGACGGCUCGAAUCAUCGUAUUGUCGAAUGGAAGUAUGGUGCAACGACUGGUCGAGUUGUGGCCGGUGGAAAUGGACAAGGAAACGGUCCUGAUCAGUUGGACAAUCCGAGUGAUGUAAUUAUUGAUAAAGAUCGUGCUUGUCUCAUCAUUUGUGAUCGUGGCAAUAAAAGAGUAGUUCGAUGGCCUCGUCAAAAUGGUGAAAAUGGAGAAAUGAUCAUUUCAAAUAUUGGAUGUUGGGGCUUGACAAUGGACGAUGAUGGAAAUCUCUAUGUUGCUGAUUAUGAUAAGCAUGAAGUCAGACAAUAUCGAAUGGGAGAAAACCAAGGAAAAGUGGUUGCGGGUGGCAAUGGACCUGGGAAUCGUCUCGAUCAGUUAACUGGUCCAAAAUACGUCGUUGUCGAUCGAGAUUAUUCCGUGUACAUAUCAGAUUCCAAUAACCAUCGUGUAAUGAAGUGGAUAGCAGGCGAAAAAGAAGGAAUUGUUGUAGCUGGUGGUCGAGGUCACGGAAACGAUCUUACACAGUUAAAUUAUCCUCAAGGAAUUGCCGUGGAUCAAGAAGGUACUGUCUACAUCGCUGAUGAUAUGAAUCAUCGAAUCAUGCGUUGGCCUCAAGGCGAUAAACAGGGAAGUGUCAUCGUUGGUGGAAAUGGUGAAGGAAGUCAAUCGAAUCAACUCUUUUAUCCUAUCAGUUUAUCAUUUGAUCAAGAGGGAAACCUCUAUGUCAGUGAUCCAAGAAAUCAUCGAGUACAAAAGUUCUACAUUGAUCAAAAGUGA